AUGCAUCCCAACUAUAACAGCAAUACCCGGGAUAGCGACUACGCUGUUCUCCAUUUGACGCAAUCGAUUAUAAAUAUCAAAUCCGUGGCGAUCGCCGAGAAAGCUACGGUUACAGGGGAGUCUGUUAGCUUGUAUGGCUGGGGAGUGACUAGCAAGCUGUUGGAUGAGAACUCCCGCACGUUGCAGCAGCUCCAGACGACUUUCAUCUCAGCCUCCGACUGCUUCCAGGCGUGGUCGGACGUUUCCCCCGUGACUGCGAAUAUGAAUUGUGAUGCCGCGCCGGAGAAGAGCCAGGGCUCCUGUGACCAUGACCAAGGAGGACCAGUUGUCAACGACUCUGGGGAGCUAGUGGGUAUUAUCGGCUACUAUAACUACUGUCAGCCGCAAUCCAAUGGUCGCCCCGACGUCAAUAAUGACCCUUUAAGCGCAUCUGACUGGAUCGCUUCUAAUACCAUCUGA